CUGAGCAGUGGCAGGGAGACGGAGGGAGAGAGAAAAAAAGAGCAAGGACACCAAAUUAAGAAAGGAAAGCUAGGGCACUCCAGGAUACUGAAGGAUACUCAAGGAUACACAGGAUACCCCGCAGCGUCCUACACCAGCCCGACGAUCCCCCACGCGUCUAAAAAUAAGGACGGUCGCUUCAAGAGGAUAUAUUAGUCGAGGCUCCAGGUCGCUGUGCAGCCCAGGACAAGCAUGGACCGUCGACUUGCUGGGCUGCUGUGCGUCCUGCCGGCAAUGCUGCUGCUGCUUAUGUCAGGCUCGGCAGGGGCGCAGACUAGUGAUGAUGAACUCGUCUGCUUCAACUUCACCUGGACGGGAAAGAACAUCUCCGUGGACUGUGACGACCACAUGGUGGACAUCAUGGGCGAGUCGCAGCCCUGCCAGCACACGCUCGUCUACACCGACCCCCCCGAUUUAAAGCCCAACCUGACGGAUCUCAUUCAGCACUGCACCACCGUGGCGAAGUGCCCCUCCUACACUUGCAAAACCAAGACCCAGAAGUGCCUCCAGAUUAUGUGGUACGACAUUACAAACACGAUGGUCAACUACUCGUCGUUCUGCGGCGUGGUGACGGACGUGACGGACCCCAGCAAGAGGAAAUCCGUGGGGAACACGAUGCUAGAGAUGGAGGUGGGCACCCACACCAAAAAGCUCAAGGUGUGCGACACGAAACUCUGCAACGCCGCGCGCCCCGCCCAAGCCUCCCCCGGCACCCUGGUGAUGAUGGUGCUGGCGCUGCUGGUGGCGAGGCUGGGACUGGGGGGGGGGCGUGGUGAUGGCUAGAGCUUGUCUGAUGCAGUGAAGGAAGCAGCGCAAGGGCAUAAAAAACGAAAGCAGAACAAAAACAUAAGCCCGCUAUGCCCUGCUCCUAUAGAAGAAAAUAUAAAUGUCUGUCGAGAUAUCUUUGUUAUUUUGUUGUUUGAUUCUUGUUUUUGUUUUUUUUUCCUGUUAUAAUUCAUUUUGUUCCGAUUAUUCCUGGUUUUUUUUUUGUUUUUUUAGUUUUGUCUUUUUCCUCUUCCUGGUCUUGUUCAUUUUCUUGUUCCUCACUCACUUAUUCGUGUUGGUUUUUGUUUUCUUUAUUUUUGUUUGAUUCUUGUCCUGUCGAUUAUUUUUCUUUCUCUCUUAUAAUUCAUGUUGUUCCGAUCAUUCUUGUCUCUGGAGUUUUCUUUUUUCUUUUUGCUAGUCUUGUUCAUUUUCUUGUUUCUCUCCCAUCAUCCACUUAUUUGCGUUAUUGUUGUUGUUUUUAUUGUCGUUUGAUUCUCUCUCUCUCUCUCUCUCUCUCUCUCUCUCUCUCUCUCUCUCUCUCUCUCUCUCUCUCUCUCUCUCUCUCUCUCUCUCUAGCUCUAUCUAUCUAUCUAUUUAUCUUUCUGUUAUUACAUAUUGUUCCUAUUACUCUUGUUUCUUUAGUACUGUUUCCUUUUCUUCCUCUUCGUUCUGUUCAUUUUCCUCGAAGUGCUCUCUCACAAAUAAAUACAUUAAACUAAAGAAAUGAGUAUAUAUCACUUAUAAGAGAAAACUAGUGUAUGGACGUAUGAAUGACUUAUUGUAUGUAUAAAUAAAUUAGUUAACGAGCGAAUGAA